AUGUACGAAGUUAGGAGGAAGAUGAAGACCAUGGUUGGAGCGUCGAUUUCGUUGGAGAAUGAAGAGGAAACGAAGAGAAUCGCGGAUUUAGGGUUCCUCGCCGUCGCCUUAGAGAACAGAGAAUACAUCUCAAACCACAACACUGAUGAGGAUGGUAGGAUUAUUAUUAUUUGGAAGGACUCAGUCUCGGUCCAAGAGAUCCACCAAACAAGGCAGUCUCUCACCUGUAAGAUCACCCUCCAAACUGGUCAGCAUUUCUUCUUCUCGGCUAUAUACGCUUCAAACAUUAGAGAAGAGAGGCUUGACCUUUGGAGUGGUUUGGUUGAGGUUCAGCAAACCUACUAUUUGGAAGAUCAGAGCUGGUUGAUAGGAGGAGAUCUAAACCAGAUAAUUCAUCAAGCUGAGCACUCCUCUCCAACAGUAAAUCAUCUUACUGCUGAUAUGGUGGAGCUAAGGGACUUUCUCCUGGACAUUGGAAUCGAGGACCUCCGAUUUCAGGGCAAUGCCCGAAUCUGGACCAACAAAAGUCCGGAAAAUCCGGUUACAAAGAAGCUAGACAGAGCUAUGGUGAACAAUCAGUGGAUCAUGAAUUUCCCUAACAGCAUAGCCACCUUCCUCCCCCAUGAAUUCUCAGACCACUCACCAUGUGUUGUAAACCUUGCCUGCCCCCUCCCAACCUCUUGUACUAAGCCCUUUAAAUUCUUCAACCACCUUACUAGCCACCCUAACUUUUUAUCUUCGACUGAGGCUGCAUGGACUCUGGCCGGAAGCAAAGCAUUUGAUCUAUCUUCGCUGGGUUUCAAACUAAAAAAUAUUAAGCGUUCCCUUAAAACACUUCACCAUGAGAGUUUCUCUGAUAUUCAAAAAAGAGUGUGUGAGGCUAAUAAUUUAUUGAAACUGGUGCAGCAAAAAUCGAGGGUGAACUGGCUCAGACUAGGCGACCAUAACACACCUUUCUAUCAGAGCGUCGCAGCGGCCCGUGCAUCUCAAAAUGCUAUCAGGUCGAUAACCCUCUCAAAUGGCACAAUCAUUACAGACCCGGAUCUUAUAAGUACUGCAGCUAUCGCUCACUUUCAAACUAUCCUGGCCCCUCAAGUUCUACAUACUAUCUCAGCUUCUCAUAACUGGCUGCAAGAACUGCACACUCUCUCAUGUUCCGACCACCACCGCCAGCUCAUGUCUACCGCUCCAACACAAGAGGAAAUUGCAAAUGUCUUAAAGAAGCUUAACCCCAAAAAAUCUCCAGGGCCAGAUGGCUUUACAUCUGCUUUCUUCAAGUCAGCCUGGCCUAUAGUGGGAAGCGAAGUUCUGCAGGCCAUCUCAAGAUUUUUCAUCUCCAACUUCUUGCCUCUCUCUACCAAUGCCACUAUUCUCACUUUGACUGCGUUUGUCCAAGGCAGGUUGUUGAUUGAGAAUACUCUGCUCGCUUCUGAGAUUGUCCAAGGUUACCAUAGGAGGGGAGGACAAAAGAGGAUCACUAUCAAGGUAGACAUUGCAAAAGCUUUCGAUACUGUUAGAUGGGAGUUUCUUUUCGCUUGCUUGAGGAGCUACAACAUUCCGGAGGCGCUGAUUCGUUGGUUGGAGGCUUGCGUGUGCACUCCUUCUUUCUCGGUGGCUUUCAAUGGGUCUACUUAUGGUUAUUUUAAAGGGAAAAGAGGUCUAAGGCAAGGAGAUCCUCUCUCCCCUUACCUCUUUGUUCUGGUGAUGAAUUGCCUCUCACUUGCUCUGGAAAGAGCAGCGGCAACUGGAUCGUUUCAGUACCACCCUCGCUGUGAAAAAACCAAACUUACUCAUCUCUCAUUCGCUGACGACCUUCUCAUUUUCUCUGAUGGUUCUCUCUCCUCAAUCCAGCCCAUUCUUGGUGUGUUAAAAGAUUUUGAGAAACGUUCUGGGCUAGCGAUCAGUCUUAAAAAAACUUCGUUUUUUGCUGCUGGUUUAUCCGACGCAGAGGUGGAGGACAUCAAGACUCAUACGGGACUUUCAUCUGGAGUGCUUCCUAUCCGAUAUCUAGGAGUCCCUUUGCACACAAAAAAGAUCUCACUAUCUCAGUGUGCUCCCUUGCUCCAGUCGAUUAAAACAAAGUUGCGUUCCUGGACAGUAAAGAAGUUAACCUACGCUGGAAGACUGCAACUGGUCACCUCUGUCAUCAAUGGUAUCACAAACUUCUGGACAAGUUCCUUUAUCAUCCCAAAGGCUGUUAUACGUGAAAUCGAUUCAUUAUGUACUAAAUUCCUUUGGAAAGGAGAUAUCACUGCCACUGCAACUGCAAAGGUUGCAUGGGAAACUUGCUGCCUAGCGAAAGAUAAAGGAGGCUUAUCUCUGAGAAAUCUAGAUGCUUGGAAUAGGGCUUGUCCUCUGAAAAUGAUUUGGUUGCUGUUCUUCUCCAAACAAUCAAUCUGGUCUUCAUGGUUCAGAGCUGAAAUACUAGAAGGUGAUAUUGAAUUGUUCUGGGUGAUCAAUACAAGGCAAAAACACUCUUGGCUAGUGAACAAACUACUUGAUGCUAGGGAACUCAUCUACCCUUGGAUUAGGAAGAAUGUUCAAAACGGAGAAACGUCAUACUUCUGGUCUACAAACUGGUCUCCGUAUGGAAAGUUGUCUGACUAUCUUCAAACGUCUACCGUGGUGCGCUUCCCGGUUAACAGAAAUGCUACCAUUGCUGAACUUUGGGAGAAUGGUGCUUGGGUCGUCCCAAACGCACGCUCGGACAGACAACUGCAGGUACUUUCUCAUCUAUCCACUUUGGCUCUUAAUGAUCAUGAGGAUGAACUUGAAUGGUGGCCUGGGAAUCAGAAAGAAAUCAGGUUCCAUACAGGAGCGAUCUAUAAACUGCUCUGUCCCUCUUCCCCAACGGUUUCCUGGCACAAGGAGGUAUGGUUCUCAGGAGGUAUCCCAAAACAUAUGUUCAUAACCUGGCUGAUGGUUAAAAAUAGGUGCCCCACUCGUGAUAGAAUUCUUAGUUGGGGACUGCAAACAGACCCAAAAUGCCUCUACUGCAAUGUUGGAGAUGAGUCAAUUACACAUUGCUUUUUUGAAUGCAACUUCACAUGGGAAAUUUGGAAAAUUAUCGCAGCAAAGUGCGGCUUCUCUUCUACUAGACAGUGGCAAGCACUACUACUUCAGCUUCAACACCAUCCACCAAACAAGGUCCUCAAGACACUGCUUCUCUUGUGCUGGCAAGCGACUCUUUAUACUCUUUGGACAGAGAGGAACAACCGACUACACAACGCCCAUUUCUCAUCAUCUGCUGAGUUGGUAAGACAGAUCAAACUAACUGUUAAAAACAGAGCUUCCAGUUUAAGGAUUGACAGACCCAAGUUCUCAUCAUCUCUUCUCCAGCUUUGGUUUGCAACCUGA